UUAAGUUGCUAUGGCACCUGAGAUCAUCCCACAACAUUUGACAGAUUUUUAUCUGCAGUUCAUUAACCGCACUGAGCAAAUUGAAAAUCCCCGGUUACACUGUCUUUUAUAUCAUUUCCUGUGAGAUAAGUUUGAAGAACAAACUUACGCAUACAAUGUGUGUAUAUGUACAAAGAAACUUGCAUAGCUCAUGAAGUAGGAUGACACCUGUCUGACAUAAUGCCUGGUGUGUGACAAGUUUUUCAUGGAACACUCCAGUGUUCUUAUAAAUAAGAGCGGACUAGAAAAAUGCUUAAGUGUCGAGGGAAGACAGCUACUCAGAUUGUCUCUUUGUUGUACAUUGGACAAAUAACUGAGAUUAUACAUUCUUCCUUAACGCUUGCAUUUUGUUAUUUCUAAUCUUUCCCCCACCUAAAGCUGAUGCCUGUUGGAUGAGGCUGUGAAGACAGAAACAUUGCCUUUAAAGGCACGUAAAUGCCUGCUAAGAUGGCAUUGGCUAGUUCACUUUCUAGCAAGUCAGUACCACCACGUUCCAGGAGAGUUCCUACAACAGGAGUGGAAGCGCACCAGAGCAAGCUGGAUUUUUUUUGCAAGCUGGGCUAUGGUAAGCAGGACAUCUGCAAAGUGCUGGAGAACCUGGGCCAAGAGGCUCUGGAGGAUGAUGUGCUGAAAGAGCUAAUUCGGAUGGGGAGCAAACCUCAAGCUCUGGAGAGCCAGGUUCAGCCUGCCCCGCUGAAACUGGUCGCCCGAGGAUCAGGUAGCAUUCCAGACGUGCCACCCUGGCUUGGCGAAGACGGAAGUGAUUCCUCUGGCCACUUGAGACCCAUUGUGAUUGAUGGCAGCAACGUUGCAAUGAGCCAUGGAAACAAAGAAGUAUUCUCCUGCUGGGGGAUCCGGCUGGCCGUGGAUUGGUUCCGACAGAGGGGACACACAUACAUCAAGGUUUUUGUCCCGUCCUGGAGAAAGGAACCCCCUCGACAAGACAGUCCCAUUGCAGAUCAGCACAUUCUUGAAGAGCUUGAGAAGCAAUUGAUUCUUGUGUAUACCCCAUCCCGGAAGGUGAAAGGCAAGAGAGUAGUUUGCUAUGAUGAUCGCUAUAUAGUUAAAGUUGCUUAUGAGAAAGAUGGAGUCAUUGUUUCCAAUGACCAUUACCGGGAUCUCCAAAAUGAAAACCCUGAGUGGAAAUGGUUCAUUGAGCAGCGACUACUCAUGUACUCUUUUGUCAGUAACAGGUUUAUGCCUCCUGAUGACCCGUUAGGCCGUCAUGGACCCACUCUUAAUAAUUUCCUCAGCAAAAAGCCAGUGCUUCCUGAACCAAAAUGGCAACCAUGCCCAUAUGGAAAAAAAUGCACUUACGGCAGUAAAUGCAAAUUUUACCACCCAGAAAGAUCGCAUCAAGCUCACCUAUCAGUUGCUGAUGAGCUCCAUAUACCUCAUGAUGCCUGUACAGAAAUGCUGCAAGAAGCCAGCAGCUGUGCAGGGGAUUGCUGCUGUGCAGAGUGGUCCAAGGGGAGCUAUCAUGAGCAGUCAGCUGGUGCCUGGGCCAGUAGCCCCAACUCUGAAGUGGAACUGGACCAGCGGUUGUUACAGCCAGACCUACGGAGAGACCAAAACCUCAUGGAAAAGAUGUCAGGGUUAUUGAUCAGUGAUGAUACGUAUGGUAAAAAUAGGUCCCUAUGUGUCUCUCAAGACCAAGAGGUGACGGACAGUCCUCAUUACUGUUGCAACCUCAGGCACAAUCCAUACUUGAUGCCUCACCACCACCAUAGUUUGGACUGUAGCUGCUUACCAGGAUGCUGCUUCCAUCAAAUAAUACUUCCAUCUGCUCAAGGGGGGAGGCACCCAGACCACAGCUGGCCUCAGCACCAUUGCAGCAUGCAAGUGCCAGCGAGGCUGGGUCAGAAGAGCCAUUACGUCCCUGAUCGAGCUCAGCACAUGCCACCUCCUACAGCACCUCCCCCUGACCCACUUCACUUCCACAGUGAGCAUCAGCUACAGCAGCAGCACUGUUUCCCCAACCAGCCUCCAUCUCAGCCCUUGCUCUUAGACUCCAGCAAUGGGCUUGGCCUCCUCCAGAAAGCAUAUGCUUACCCAGAUGCCACUUACUGUGAUUACUGGCCCACCCGAGCUGUGAGGCCACCUUCUGGCCAGCAAGCAACUAUCCAGAGGGAGCUGUGCUCCAUUUUCCCUUCUGAUGAGGUGAAGAAAGUCAUGGCUUUGUACCCUGAUCUCAAGGAUAUCACUAGCUUAAUUUUACUAAGUCAAAGACACAGAAACUUGUGAAAUCUCCAGAUUAAACCUUUCUCCAUAAGCACAAGUUCUGGGGACAAAGCUGCUACUCUGACAUUUAAAUCAGUGUUAUAAAGGCUUUGAAAGAUGUUAUAGCA